CCCGCUCCCACCGCUCGCACCGCCGCCCUCAGCCCGGCGCCCCGUGCCCUGCCUGUGCCCUGUCCGGCCCGCCCCGGGACCCGCCCUGCCCAACCCGCCCGGCCGCCCGGGAAGAUGCGGCUGCUCCCGGAAUGGCUCCUCUUGCUCUUUGGUCCGUGGCUCCUUAGGAAGGCAGUCAGUGGCCAGAUCGCGGAAUCCGGAAGGCCGCAGUAUCUGGAACUGCGACCCGCCAUGGCCGGAGGGGGCGCCCGCAGCCAACAGCUCCCGGCGCCCGGGUCUUCCGACAGCCUGGGCACGGCGCGCUCCUGGAGCUGGGUCUGGCCCUCUAACCACACCGGGGCGCUGGCCAAACCCGGGGCUGCAGGCGGCCCGCCCGCGCCGCGCACCAAGAGGAAGCCAUCCAUUAAAGCGGCCCGCGCCAAGAAGAUCUUCGGCUGGGGAGACUUUUACUUUCGUGUUCAUACCCUCAAGUUCUCGCUGCUGGUGACCGGCAAGAUCGUGGACCAUGUGAACGGUACCUUCAGUGUGUACUUCCGUCACAACUCGUCCAGCUUGGGUAACCUAAGUGUCAGUAUCGUGCCGCCUUCCAAGCGUGUGGAGUUCGGGAGCGUCUGGCUGCCUGGGCCUGCCUCCCAUCCUCUGCAAUCUACGCUGGCACUAGAAGGGGUGCUCCCUGGACUGGGGCCCCCUCUGGGGAUGGCGGGGCAGGGGCUGGGCGGCAACCUUGGGGGCGCACUGGCCGGCCCACUCGGAGGCGCGCUGGGAGUGCCUGGGGCCAAAGAGUCGCGCGCUUUUAAUUGCCACGUGGAAUACGAGAAGACAAACCGAGCUCGCAAGCACCGCCCGUGCCUGUACGACCCGUCGCAGGUGUGCUUCACCGAGCACACGCAGAGCCAGGCCGCCUGGCUCUGCGCCAAGCCCUUCAAAGUCAUCUGUAUUUUCGUCUCCUUCCUCAGUUUUGACUACAAACUGGUGCAGAAGGUGUGCCCAGACUAUAACUUUCAGAGCGAGCACCCUUAUUUUGGAUAGCGCCCCUGUCCUGGGCCCCCGAGCUUCCCACCAGAUCGCAGCCUCACUAGGUGGGACCCUUCCCUUUACCCCAUGCUCCUGUGACUGCCCCCCCCCCCCCCACGUCUUCCACUGUGGGUAGGGUGGAGGAAAACAGGCUUCCCUGGGACUAUCAGUCAGCGUGGUUCUCCGUUUCCUUUUGGCCCCGAGUGUCCCUGAGGCUGGGGUAGUCUCAAACGAACCGAAAAUUGGAGAAGCCAAGAGCACAACCCCAGAGUGGGCGGGGCUUGGACGCUUUCUUAGGGUUCCUUACGAAUACGUAUUGGUUCCCCUUUUGCCCACCCUGCAGCUUUAAUGACGCCUGGCCUGACCCUUUUUCUUACCCUAAGCGCCGGUCCUAUCCACCCCUCAAGACUGUAGCAGUCUACAAGCCCCAACCCAUCUAGCCCCUUCCCUUUCUGCGUGUCCUAUGUCGGUCCCCCCUUUCUCCCAACCUUACUGAAGCAAAAGUCCCGAGCAGGGGGCUCUGCCUGGCCCCUGUGCUCUGCCCCCCCUCCCUAAUCCGCUCGCCCGCCUGCAGUCCGGUUCCACCUGCCCUCUCUGGCUGCUUCCUCUCGGUGAUAUUUUUUUUUUCUAUGCCAAAACAGACGGGAAAGGGAAACAAAAUAAAGCGAAAUCCAAUACU